AUGUUGGUAACUAACUCCCUCAAAAUAUGGAGCCUUCUCUUCAGUGCCACCGCUGUUUUGACAAGCCCAAUUGUCCUCGAAUCUCUGGAUGAGACCCCUGCCGACUGGCAGGAGUCCGACUCACCAGACCCUGCUCAGAUUAUUGAAUUCUCCAUUGGCCUCCAGCCUGAAGAUAGCCAGUCACUCGAUACUGCUCUAUAUGGAGCCCCGGAUCCCGACCAUCCCAAUUACGGCAAACAUCUCUCUGGAGAAUCUGCUAAAGCCCUCCUCAACCCAUCUAACGAAGCUACCGAGUCCGCCAAGCGUUGGCUUACAGAUGCCGGAAUCCCUGAGCAUCAUGUCCGUGACGAAGAUCUCAGGAUUAGAGACUCAAGAAGAUCGAGAGUCAGCUUCUCUAAGACAUGGUUAGUUUAUCCUCUAGAAUAA